UUUGAAAUAAAUUAAUGUUUUCAGAUUAAAUAAAAUGGUAGAAUUAGAACUGGACAACUUAGACACUUCACCUUUUACUGAUCAAGCACAGAGGGAUAUCAAGGCAAGUACUCCAGCAGAUAGAAAGAACGAAACGCCCUCUUCAAUAUCUACUCCUAAUAAUCCACCACCAGCCAGGAACUCCCUGACCAGCUUACCACGCCCCUUAUUCAGAGACGAACCACAGACGUUUUCCACCAAGAAGGAACGAAGAGGAACCCAUCUUAGUUUCAAGCGUCCGCCAAGGCCUCCAGCUAAAUCUUGUCCUCCAAAAAGUCGAAUAUUCAAGACGAAUGUACUGUACAAGGCACAGGCAGUUACCUUCUUAGAUAGUCCUGAUGGAAGCCAAGUUACAGGUUCUCCUUUAAACUCGAAGUUGUAUGAUACCAGACUAAAGAAGUCUUAUUACCAGCAGGCUUUUAUAGUAGAGUCAGAGAUAGGAGCAGGAUACUUUGGAACAGUUUACAGAAAAUGCUUGGGUUUUCGAGUUCGAAAACAUCAGUUUCUACCAGUGCACAAUAAUCUUGUCAAGUUCUACUCUAGCUGGGAGGAGGAGGGGAGAUUAUAUCAACAGUUUGAACUUUGUAAUGGAACACUACAGGAUUAUUGUGAAACCCAUAAUAAUAUUGGAGAGAGUCUGGUCUGGGGAUAUCUAGUAGAUCUACUUCAGGCAGUUCAACAUCUUCAUAAUCAUAAUUUGAUUCACAUGGAUAUUAAACCAGACAAUAUAUUCUUCGGAGUUGAUGGACGAUGUAAGAUGGGGGAUUUUGGUUUGAUAGUUGAUCUAACUAGUCAGGAUAGAGAAGGAUUUAGAGAAGGGGAUUCUAAAUAUCUAGCUCCUGAGGUUCUCAAGGGGAAUAUAUCCAAGUCUUGCGACAUAUUUUCCCUUGGUGUGACUAUACUUGAGGUGGCCUGUGACCUUGACCUACCUAGCAAGGGUCAACUGUGGAGAGAGCUGAGGAGUAAAGGUCCUGAUCUAUCUUUAACUCUUCAAUUAUCUCCUGAAUUAAGACGAGUUAUUCAGCUUAUGAUGACACAAGAUCCAGAUAGAAGGCCCAGUGUAAACCAGAUACUAGAGUUACCAUCAGUAGCCCAGGCCCUCAGACGACGCGAGCGUGAGGUUCUGGUUCAGCGUUGUAUCAGUAAACUUCUCUCAAUUUUUCAUCCUCUAGUUCUCCUCCUCACCUGGUUUCUAGGCUACCUGGAGAACCUCUUCUCCUGGAGACCUGACCAGGACAAGUUUAAACUAGAACACACUCCACCUGCAGAACCAGUCAAACAUUGGGUUACUGAUGCAUACUCUGAUGAUGAACAUGAUUGUACACUAUCUAGUGCAGGUUCAGAUCUAGCAGCUCCACUGCAGGAGAGUACUAGUAGCUGGAGUAGGGAUAGUUCUCCUGAACUAACAAAUGAGAAACCUGAGAGCUCGCCUCUAAGAAGACCUGCUUCAAGUCCAGGUCCGCGGAGUAGAUUAAGAUCAGUUGCUAGAACCCCUCUUCUACUCACUAGAUCAGGGUUUAGGUCUCCACAUAAACGUUUGUUCCUGGAUGGGAUGGAACAAUCCCCUACUCCGGGAGGAAAGGAGGAGGAAGAGGAGGAAUUACAGUUGAGUUUACAUCCGCAGAAUCUCGCGAGCACCUUCAACUGCUUCUCCGACGAUGACGAAUAAAGAAAACUUGCGUCAAACAUUCCACGAGAAUUUCGUCAUCAUCUGUUCGGUGUGCGUCAAUUUCUUGGCCGGGUUUAGAUCAUUCUUUGAGUAUUUUUAGAACCAGAAUAAGUUCAUUGAGAAAUCUUAAGAUUAAAAAGUUCCAAAUGAAAAUCUCUAUAUUUUAGUGGAAAAAUAUUGUACAGUUUAAAUGAUAUUUUUUUUUAAUUUUUAUUAAAAAUGAAUUUUGAAA